AUGGCAUCAAUAGGAGAUGAACGGCUGAGUCCGGCGGCGCAGCUGUUCAAUGCGCCAUCCUUUAACUGUUAUGUGAUUGCCAUCAUGGGUUGCAAGACAAGCAUCAAUCCUCAGGUCAUUAAACGAGGUUUAUGUCAAACUCUGCUUAAGCAUCCAAGGUUCACCAGUAAGCUGGUAAAUAACUUCGUUAAGAAGGGAAGGAAAACUAGAUGGACCCAAACUACAGUUGACUUAGACAACCAUGUCAUAGUUCCUGAAAUAGAUUCCAAAAUAGAGUUCCCAGAUAGAUUUAUUGAAGACUAUAUCUCCAAUGUAACAAAAACUCCACUGGACCUGUCCAAGCCACUGUGGGAGCUGCAUCUCCUCAACAUCAAAACUUCAGAUGCAGAAGCUGUUGCCAUUUUUCGUAUCCACCAUUCCAUGGGGGAUGGUGCUUCCCUCAUGUCACUUCUCCUUGCUGCUACUCGCAAAACCUCUGACCCAAAUGCGUUGCCAACGGUUCCAACCCAGAAGAGAGCUAGCUCACACCAUCGUUCAAGCUCAUUCUGGUGGCUCUUCUUGGCUGUUUGGUGGUGGCUCGGUCUGAUUUGGCACACUGUGGUGGACAUGGUGCUAUUUGUUUUGACCAUUCUUUUUAUCAAAGACACCCACACUCCUCUGAAAGGUGCACCAGGGGUUGAGCUCAAUACCAAGCGGUUCGUGUACCGAACUGUUAGUAUGGAUGAUAUCAAGCUCGUGAAGAAAGAAAUGAAAACGACCGUCAAUGAUGUUUUGUUGGGGGUAACACAAGCUGGUCUCACUCGCUAUUUGAAUCGGGAAUACGCACGUGCGGAUGAAAAUGGUGGUGCUGCAGAGCAGAGUCCAAUUAGUGUCCUCAAGAACAUUCGCCUUAGGGCAGCAAUUCUUGUUAACAUUAGACCAGUUGCUGGAAUCCAGGAUCUAGCAGAUAUGAUGGCUGAGAAAUCAAAAGCCAUAUGGGGUAAUUGGAUGGGAUACAUCAUGCUCCCUUUUUCCAUUGCUUUAAAUGAGGAUCCAUUGGAUGAUGUUCGUCAAGCUAAGGCCACAAUCGACCGGAAGAAGCACUCAUUGGAAGCCAUUUGCUCUUAUGCUUGUGCAAAAUUGGUACUCAAUUUAUUUGGAGUCAAGGUCACUGCUGCCAUAACACGAAGAGUUCUCUUCAACACUACUUUGGCCUUCUCUAACGUGCUUGGUCCCGUGGAAGAAGUCAGCUUCUAUGGUCAUCCUGUGGCAUACAUUGCUCCUAGUGUGUAUGGACACCCACACGCACUGACCAUCCAUUUCCAAAGUUAUGCUAAUAAGAUGACCAUUUCUCUUUCGGUGGACCCAAGUGUCAUUCCGGAUCCGUAUCUCCUUUGUGAUGAUUUAGAAGAGUCACUCAAACUUAUUCUUGAUGCUGUUCAGAAAAAGCACAUUGACCAUGUAAUCUAA